CCCUUAAUCAUCAUCAUGAGCACAACAAGACUAGCUAUGGAAGGAAUUAAAGCAGCCAAGAGUGCCCUCCGCAAGGAAAUUGCGAAUAUCAUCUCGGGCCUCAGCCCUGAAGAGAAAGCCAGACAGUCUACUGCUGUUUUCCAGCAGUUGACAAAACUUCCCGAGUACGAGAGGAGUAGACGAGUCUCAUUGUACUUAAGUACUGAGGAUGAGAUUGACACAGUGAAGAUCCUGGAUGAUAUUUUUAAAAAAGGAAAGGAGGCGUUCGUACCCAGGUAUGUGGGGAACUCCAUGAGCAUGGUGAAGCUCAAGGACAUGGAGGACUACGAAAAAUUACCUCUGACCAAGUGGAAUAUUAAGCAACCUGCCAAGGGAGACAUCAGGGACGAUGCUUUGGAAACUGGCGGACUCGACCUAGUGAUUCUACCUGGAGUUGCUUUCACUAAAUCAGGUCACCGCUUGGGCCACGGGAUGGGUUACUACGAUAAAUUUCUUUGGAAAUGCUUCGAGGCACAAGAGAAAAAGCCUCAUUUAAUUGCUGUUGCAUUCAGCGAGCAAGUCAGGAAUACAAUUCCAAUCAACGACCAGGACGUUCGUCUCGACUUAAUAGUCACCGAAAAAAAAUGAGCUCAAACUCAAUUUAGAUGAAUACUCGAGGACUUAAUCUCUCUUUUGUACCAUAAACUCAAGGAAGUCAUAAUUUUCGUCAAUAAAUUAUUCUUCUCCAUAAAAAA